UUCUAGGUCAUCACGGUGGUGCUCAAUGCUAAUCCACUACUAUUCACUGUUAAAUAUACUACCCCUUUGAACAGUUAUCGGAACACAAAUUAAUGAACUUUAUUGGACACAGAAUUUUUGUAAACCCCACACACUCUUCUAGGUCGCUCGGACAUGCCAACCGCUGGUUAUACGUAAUGUAGCAGCUGGUUACAUCUCAUGCAUAUAUCAAAUCGGUUCAAGCAAAUACUAUCAAUGUAAGCAUAACUCAUUGUGUUGAUGUUCCAAAUUUUGAUCAUUCAUUAUUUCAAUCCUCUUAUGAUAAUAGUAUAUCUUUGUUAAAUCAGUUUCCUGAUAAUUAUUUAUUCAAUGUAAAUAAUGAAAAUAGUCUACACAGUUACCAUUUAAAUCAAAGUAUAUAUACUGUAAGGCAUAAAAGAAAUAGUUAUCCAGAUUUUAUUGUACAUUCAUCACCAUCAUUGUGUUUAACGUGUCUGUCGAAUUUCUGUCGAAAAGUUUGUUUUCUUGCUAAUCCAUCUGAAUUCAUAUCAUCAUCAAAUGAUGUCUGCAUAAAUUCAAAUCAUGUCUGUCAUUUCAUUGGUGAAUUAUCCUACUAUUCUACAAUAACGAGUAGUAUAAAUUAUCCUAUAACAACUAGUGUAUCAUCUUAUCCAUUUGAUGAAUAUUCUACUUUAUAUCCUAAAAAUUUAUUUACACAGAUUUAUCAGUCUAUACAUUCUGAUGAAUUUCCUUCAUCUUAUAUAAACAUUAAUUGUUAUCCAUUACAGGAUACGGAUAAUUAUCAUGAAUAUCUUGACUUUGUCUAUGAUGAAUCUAGUUUAUCAUCGAUAGCUAAUUCUUCUCAACACUUAUCCAUUUCGAAUCAAUAUAACAGUUAUACAUUUACGCCUACCACUACUACACAAUCUUUUUUGUAUUCUGCUCAUUCCAAUUCAUUAUAUGGUAUGGAUCAAUCGAAUAAUCCACUCCUUUCUACUACUACUACUACUACUACUACUACUACUACUACUACUACUACUACUACUACUACUACUACUACUAUUACCAAUAAUAAUGAUAAUGCUACUCAAGUACUUGAUAAUAAUCUGUAUAUAAUCAAUACUUCGCCUAAUUCACUUUAUCAUACGACAAUGGAAAUUAGCUUACAACAUGAAAAUGUAUCAUUUCAUCAAUCAAUUGUAACUAGUUCCAACAGUAGUACAGACAAUAAGAAUUCACAAACUCUUCAAAUCGAUAAACAGCUAUCAUCAUCAUCGUCGUCAUCAUCAUCAUCAUUUAUACAUUCAUCUAUAUCAGAUAUUGAUUUGUACAGUUUAGAAGAAUUGUUGGCUAAAACAUCAAUAAGUGAUGUCUAUUUAGGGCCUGUUAAAAAUAGUCAGGGUAAAUUUAUUCCUUUGAAUGCUGAAAGUUGUGCUAUUUUCAACAAUCACUUGACAUUAUUACCGUAUUCUUCAACAUCACUUGCUUUUUCUCCACCUGGUAUACAACUUAUUACAGAGAUAUGGGCUACAUUUUUACGAGAUCGCUUAAGUCAUUGUAAUAGUCGUAUACAUAAUAUGUCAAUGGAUGUUCUACGUAAUUGUCUACAUGAUCAUGGUUUAAAUCAACUCGGUUGUGGAAAUGUAUUAAAACGUCGUUUACAAGAGUUUGUACGACGAGUACGCCUAUCACAAUCAAUUAGUCAUAAUGCUGAAAUUCAAUUCAGUGAUGAUGAUGAUGAUGCUAAUGGUGGCAAUGAUGAAAAUGGUGUUCUUGGUGAAGUGAAUCAGAAUCUACCAAUUACUGAUAAUCGUUGUAACGAUAGAUACAAACUGAAGAAUUCCUCGACUACCACCAUGAUAAAACUACCAAAGCCAGUUAUACUGACACCUGAUACAUUCUAUGCAUAUCUACUGAUUAUUGACCUGGAGGCCACUUGUGAAUCGAAGGAGAAGUUUACCAGUGAAACUGAUUAUCCACAUGAAAUUAUUGAAUUCCCCAUAUUGUUAUAUAAUACACAAUUGCGUAAGUGUGUCAGUGUGUUUCACGCCUAUUGUAAACCAAGAUUACAUCCAGAUUUAAGUGAAUUCUGUACAGAUCUAACACACAUUAAUCAAGAUCAGGUGGACAGUGCUCAGCCAUUUCCACAGGUUCUGUUACAAAUUGAAGAAUGGUUGUUUAAGCGUCAUCAACUAGCUAACGCGAGAUGUGCUAUCGUCUGUGAUUGUAAUGCUGAUGUGAGUAAAUUUAUGCGUAUUCAAUGUCGUCUAGCAAAUAUAUCUAUGCCUAGUUGGGCGAAUGUUUGGAUUAAUUUGAGUAAAUCAUUUCGUGCUUUCUACAAGUUUCCAUCACGUUAUCGCAUAUCACUCAAUGUUAUGCUGCAUGAUUUAAAUCUGUCUUUUGUUGGUCAACGACAUCGUGGUCUAGAUGAUGCUAUUAAUAUACUACGCAUUGUACGUGUACUAUUGGCUGAUGGUUGUUUGUUGCGUGUCAAUGAACGUAUCGAUUUUGAUAAACCGCCCACUUUUGUCUCAUCUGUACCAAGGCUUGUCGCUGAGGUGACAUCCGGCCCAAUGGGUAGUAAGUUAGUUUUGUUAUCAUCGUCUCCACGCAAAAGUAAAUUCAGCAACACUGGAGGUAUUCGUCAAAAUCAUGCUCUUGAAAAUAAAAUGUUAUGUUUAUCACCUAGUGGUGGUCUUGAUGAAAGUCAUCGUGAAUCAUUAUUAUGGCUGGCUAAUGUUCAGAGAACACGAAUACCUAGAGGUGACUGAAUUAAUUUUAGCUUUCUUGUGUUUCUUUUACCACUUUCAUUUGUGCUAUUUAUUCAAAAAACGAUGCGUAACAUUCUUAUUUGUGUUUCAUAUUUAUGUCAUAUUACUGUCAUUUCAUUUCUCAGUCUGAAUUCCACAUUUUAUUGCUACUUUUAAUAUACUACUUUAUAUUUUGUAAGUAACAUUUAAAAAUACUAAAAAAUAUUCCAAGGUUUGAAGAUCAGAAAUGAACCAUUUUCUCCAGCAAGCAUAUAUGUAUGCAUUCAUGCUUUAAAGUCAGCAUACAGUGCACACGUGUGCAUUAUUUCUAGUCUAACUAAUUUCUGCUAUUUGUUUUCGCUUUGUACCAAAAAAGCAUGUUUAGUGUGCAGUAUAGUAAUUCUGGUGUGAUGAAGAAAGAAAAACAAGCGAAUAAAUUAUUUUAAUUUAUCAAUAUUCAAUUUCUUGUCUAUUGUCCUUGUUUGCUAUGAGUGGUCAACGUAUGUUUAUUUCAUAAUUCUUUUCUUCUCCUUUAUAUACACUAGAGAAUGUCUAGAUAACUAAUCCCAUCUUUACAUUCUUUCCGUGUGCUUUUGUGAAUAGUUAUUGUGUUUACUGUCCCGCCGCCGCCGCCUCCUCCUCAUCAUCACCAUCGAAAGCUUCAUUUCUUGGUAUGUCAAAAAGUGAAAUAUGUUUAACAAUGUGUUCAGCAGUGUUGAUUGAUUAUACUGCACACACUGAAAAGGUUCUGUGUGUGUGUGUACUCAUGUUGGUCGACACAUUCACGGGUAAAAAUGGCUUAUAAACUGUUGUAUACAGUUGGACAGUGUUCUCACCCUUACCUUGGAAACUGUUUACCGAAUACCACAACUAUUCCUUCUAUUUUCGUAUCACAUUAAUUAUUGCAACUACUAGAGCUAUGCUUGAAAUUGACCGUUGGAAUAAAAAUGAUCCAGACUAUAUCAGUUAUUUUUGUGUUUCUCUUCGAAUCCGUAUACUGUUUGAAUUCUGUAGCUGUCGAAAUAUACACACAAAGAUCUGCGUAGGACCUCUC